AUGCCUCUGAAUUCACAAGCGGUCUACGCCCGAUCGCAAGCCGAUCUGGUGCCUUUCACCAGCCGGAGAAGCACCGUCCACAGCACCAAGGGCAUCGUAACAUGCACACAGCCGCUCGCCGCUGCGGCGGGUCAACGCAUCCUGAAAGAAGGCGGAAAUGCAGCUGACGCUGCAGUAGCAGUAGCCGCUGCAUUGAACAUGACGGAGCCCGCCUCAACCGGUAUCGGGGGUGAUAUGUUCUGUCUCUACUACGAUGCUAAGACGAAGAAAGUCCACUCGCUCAACGGGUCCGGUCGAUCGGCCGGUAAGGCGACCCUGGAGCAGGUUCGCAAGGAUCUGAAUGUCGGCCCGAACGAUGUGGGCGCUAUUCCCAUGAGAAGCGUCCAUGCGGUGACCACGCCCGGUGCGGCGGCCGGUUGGGUCGAUACCGUGCAGCGCUUCGGUAGCGGGAAGGUGUCAUUGGAGCAGAUCUUGCUCCCUGCCAUUGAACUGGGCGAGGAGGGGUUCCCUGUCUCCGAACUGUCUGCCUCCUUCUGGAAUGAAGGCGAAGAACUCCUCCGCAACUCGUCUCCCAACUUCGCAGAGAUGCUCAAGGCCGACAGCAAGGCCAAAGAUGGAUGCCGCAGUCCCCGGGCCGGCGAGAUCAUGAAGAACCCCAACUUGGCGCGAACCUUCCGGGCCCUCGCCACAGAGGGAAAGAAGGGCUUCUACGAGGGACGCGUCGCCGAGGAGCUGGUGAAGGUGGUCCAGGCCCGCGGAGGCUACCUCUCCCUCGAGGACCUCAAACACCACGCCGAAACCGGCAGCCAGGACACCGAAGCCAUGAGCCUGAAAUUCACCGGCCAAGACAUCGUCCAGAAGCAAACCGCCGGCACAGACACCGAAACCAACCAAGGCGUGCAAAUCUGGGAACACCCCCCCAACGGCCAAGGCAUCGUCGCCCUCAUGGCCCUCGGCAUCCUCGAGCAGCUCGAACAAAGCGGCCAAAUCCCCAAGUUCACACCCGAGCAGCACAACUCCGCCGAAUACCUCCACGCGAUCAUCGAAAGCCUACGCAUCGCCUUCGCCGACGCCUGCUGGUACGUGACCGAUCCCGACGUCGAAAAAGUGCCCCAAGAAGGCCUCCUCGACCCAGCCUACCUCGCCGAGCGCGCCAAGCUCUUCCGCCCCGACGCCGCCGCCGCAGACAUCCCCGACCACGGCAGCCCCGCCCACCAACACUGCGACACCGUCUACUUCGCCGUCACCGACCACCUCGGCAACGGCAUCUCCUUCAUCAACAGCAACUACGAGGGCUUCGGCUCAGCCAUCAUCCCCAAGGGCUGCGGCUUCACGCUGCAGAACCGCGGCGCCAAUUUCUCCCUCAGCCCCGGGCAUCCUAACGCGCUCGCGCCCCGCAAACGCCCCUACCACACUAUCAUCCCCGCGAUGGUCACCAACGUCUCUGACGGCUCGCUGCACUCCGUCUACGGCGUCAUGGGCGGCUUCAUGCAGCCUCAGGGCCAUGUCCAGGUGUUGCUGAACAUGCUUGCCUUCGGCUACCAUCCGCAGGCGGCGCUCGACUCGCCUAGGAUCUGCAUCGCGGCUGGUACGCCUGAGAUUGGACACCCUGUUGAUCGCACCGUUUGGGUGGAGGAGGGUAUUAGUGAGGAGGCUGUUGCGGGAUUACGGAAAUUGGGCCAUAGUGUGGAGGUGUUGAGUGGGUGGGCGCGGGGCCGGUUCGGUCGGGGACAGAUCAUUCGUGUGCAUCAUGAUGAUGGGCAGUUGGUGUAUAGUGCUGGGAGUGAUCAGCGGGGUGAUGGUAUGGCUGUGCCUGUGGUUUGA